CCAUAACAACAGAUGUCGCCAUAAUCAACAAUGCUAUACUAACAAAAUAGGCAAACCAAUGAAGAAGUUGGUUUGAGACAGUAAACAAUUCAAUUCAAUUCAAGUCAAAAUGCUGAACUUGCAUUAGCCCGUCACUGCCUCGUACAGACCUCCUUUCUGUGCCUUUCAUUUGACUUUGGGGUAUUUUAUCUGCGCUUGGUGACGAUGUCUUCCGACACUAGACAAAAACUAAAGUCGGACAUUAUUAGCACCAUAGACGGGGCAAAGGUUAUAUUGCAGACCUUAAGUCAAGAGAUAUGGAGCUGUCCAGAGCUGGCGUACCAGGAAAAACAGGCACACGACACUCUAGUGCGUUUCUUCUCAAACCAGCCAGGAUGGAAAGUCGAAAGUAAUUUCAUCCUCGAAACAGCAUUGCGGGCAACGUGGGGUCCCUUUGGUGGUACAGAAGACGAUGAAACUGUGAAUGUAGGAUAUCUGUGUGAAUACGAUGCCUUGCCAGGUAUUGGUCACGCGUGCGGACACAAUUUGAUAGCAGAGGUUGGAGCCGCUGCAGCGCUGGGAUUGAAAAGUGCCAUAGAGCGCCAACCCAACUGUGCUGUGCGCGUGAAGGUUACUGUACUGGGAACUCCAGCUGAGGAGGAUGGGGGAGGCAAAGUGGACCUGAUCCAGGCUGGAGCCUUCCAAGACAUGGACGUAGUCUUCAUGGCCCACCCUGCUCAGGAAGACGUGUCCUUCAGCCCAUGCAUCGCCAUAACAGACUGCACUGUGAAGUACCGCGGCAAAGCUUCACACGCGGCCGCCUACCCCUGGGAGGGGAUUAACGCGCUGGAUGCGGCCGUGCUGGCGUACAACAACCUGGCGGUGCUGAGGCAACAGCUCAAACCUGACUGGAGGCUGCACGGUAUAAUCAAACAUGGAGGGGAGAAGCCCAACAUUAUCCCGGACUACACUGAGAUGGAGUUUUACCUGCGAACGCCAAUGCUCAAUGAUCUCUCUGAGCUCAAAACUAAGGCAGAGGCUUGCUUCAAAUCCGCAGCCUUGGCAACUGGUUGCCAAGUUGAGAUAACGUACCCAAACCAUGCCUAUGCAAACAUUCUUCGAAAUACCAUACUGGAAAACCUCUACAAAGAGAAUGGGAAAACACUGGGAAUGGAAUUCAAGGACAACCCAAACCAGUUUGCUGGAUCCACUGACUUUGGAAAUGUGUCUUAUUUGCUCCCUGGUAUCCAUCCUUUCUUCUCCAUUGGAUCCAAGGCUCUGAAUCACACUGCACAGUAUACAGAAGCAGCAGGUGCAGAGGAAGCCCAGCCGUACACCCUUCGCACAGCCAAGGCGAUGGCUAUGACGGCCGUGGACGUUCUGUUUGGGGAAGGCCUUCUGCAGAGGGUGAAGGAGGAGUUCACUCAGGCCAUUCAGAAGGAGGCCUGAGGACUGAGGAGAGGAGGACACUUGGUUUGAGACCAUGUUGGUGAGACUGACAUUAGUUCAUCUUUGACACACUCACUGUGCGCUUGAGGUCUUAUAUCUCAUUGAAGACUGUCAGACUUGACGAUGUUCUCUCACCAAACUCCACGCAAACCAAUCAAACAUGAUUUGGGGAAAAAAAUAUAUUUUUUCAGUGCAAUUCUUGUAAAUAAAGGUAAAUUCCCAUGGCAGAUCUUAA